AUGUCUGGUCGAAUAAGGAGCACGGGGGAUUCCCAGGUGGAAUCUCCUAAUUUUGAUGAAUGGAUAUCGAAAUACUCAAAUUAUGAUGGUGGUAAUGGUGGUAAUAAUGGUAAUGAAAUAGAUUAUAAUAAAUCAAGAAGAAGUAGUUAUAAUCCAAAGACCAAGGAUAUAAGAAGAAAAUCAAUAGUUCAUACAAAUACACAGGUGAGGAACCCUGGUGAAAAUGGAUAUUCAAAUGGUGGUAAUAGUAAUAAUGGCAAUGGCAAUGGUAGAAGAAAAUGGAGUUCUAAAUAUAAAAAUGAAAGUUUUGAAUUUGAUCCACUUGGGUUCCCUAAGAAUACUAAACAAAAAAGAAAUUCAAGUUUAACAAGUUCUGAAAAUGGAUCUUCAACUGCAAAUGAUCAAGAUAGUAAUAAUUCCAACUCCAAUUCAGGUUUAUUAGUAUCUUCAAAUGAUGAUAAAAAUUUAAUUAAAGAAGCUGGUCAAUUAGCUAGUGUUUUAUUAGAAAUGAGAAAAAAUAUAACAACUGAUUAUAAUAUAGAUUUAAAUCAUAAUGAAAAUUUAGAUUUAGAAAGAGAUCGAAAUAUACCAGGACAAAUUAAAUUGAAAAAUAUAUCAAGAUCAACUAUUCAAAGAUGUGAAAAAGUUAAAGUAAUGUUUAAUUUAUAUUAUUUUUAUCUUUUCAAUUCACAAAAAUCAACAAAUACAAGAUAUCAAGGUGUUGAUGGAAUUUUUAACCCUUUACAAGUUAUUAGAAAUAGAUCAAUAAGGAAAAAAUAUCAUAAUCCUCCUAAAUUAGCUAUAAAGACAUUACCUUAUGCAUCAUCAGUUUUUUCAAGAUCAAAAAAUAAAUUAAAAUGGCAAGUUGAUUUAACUGAAUUAACUUAUGAUUUUAAUUGGAGAGCUCAACAUUGGCAUGAAUUGAAAAAUUCAAAAGGUGAAUUAUGGUUCCCAAUACCUAAAAGGCAACAACAUGGUCAUGAUCAACAUGGUCAUCAUAGACAUCAUAGACAUCAUAAUCAUCGUCAUAGUCAUAGACCUUAUUUACAUCGUAAUGAUGAUUCAUCAGAAAUGGAUAUUUCAUAUAUUCAUGAUAAAUUAUUUGAAUUUAAUUCAAAUGAUGAAGAUCAAGUGGAAAAUGGAAGUGAAAGUGAAAAAGAAUUAUUGGAUAAUCAAAGUUUAGGAAGUUCAAAAGAAGAUUUAUCAGAAUCAAGAUCAAGAAAAAGAGAUAGAUUAGCUUCUAAAAUUCGUAAAAGAUCAAAAUCUCCAUUUAAAAAAAGAUCUAAUCAAAAUAAAGAAUUAGAUCCAGGUUUCCAAUUUGAUAAAAAUGAAUCAUUUUUAAAUUUACCAGAUGAAAAAAAUCAAAAUGAUUUGAAAUAUAAGAAUAAUUUACUUAAUGAUAUAUCAAUUGAACCAAUAAAAUCACAACGUGUUAUAUCAAAUAGUCAAUUUAAUACAGAUAAUGAAUCACCAUUGGAAGAACAUCAAAGAUCAUCAUCAUUAUCUUCAUCAAAUAAUCUGGAGCAUGUUGAUAAUAAUAAGGAUUUAAAUUUAUAUUCAAAGAAAUUGGUAAAACUAAAUGAUUUAAUAAAUUUUGGUAAACAUUAUUUAUUUAUUAAAGAUAAUGAAUAUUCAAAUAUUAUAAAUCUUGAACAAAUUAAUAAAGAUUAUGAAGAAAUAAAAACAAAUUCCAACUUCUUAAAAACUCAAGUGUUGAAUAAAUAUGAAGAUUUAAUAUUAGACAAGACUGAAUAUUUAGAAUCAAUUCAAUCAAAAUUAACAAAUAAUUAUUCCCCAAGAAUUGAUAAAUUAUUAUUAUUAUCAGAUAGAACCAUCGGUGAAGUUAAUACUACAUUAUCAUUAGAAGUAAGGAAAUUAAAUGAAAGAUUAGAAAAAUUAGGUCCUUCAUAUAAAAGAUCAGGUUCUUUAGUGGAAUUAGCUUAUUGGCUAUUAGAAAAUUUUAUUGUAUUGGUGUUAUGGACUAUAUGGAUUGGGUUUUCAAUUGGUAGGAUUUUCAAAUUUUUUUUCAUGAUUUUUUGGAAAGUUUUAAAAUGGGUGUUUUAUUGA